CCGCUCUGGAACUGGUCCUGGAAUUCGCCAACUGCCGCCGUUUUCUUAGGUGCUGCUUUUCUGUCGCGAGGCCUGGCACAUGAGCGCAGCCCUGGGGCGAGAGGAAGUCGGAUGUUCUCUUUGUUAAUUAUGUAACUGUCCAAACCGGUGGCUACUCUGUCACGUGUCACUCGACGGAGCGCGCUUCCGCUUGGCGCAUGCGCAUAGGGCAGCGCAAGCUAUUUUUCUCCGUGGCAGCGGCGGCGAGCGGAAGUUCUAGGGAGCGCUACUUCCGUCUGUGUGUUCGAGUGGACAAAAUGGCGAAGAUUGCCAAGACUCACGAAGAUAUUGAAGCACAGAUUCGAGAAAUUCAAGGCAAGAAGGCAGCUCUUGAUGAAGCUCAAGGAGUGGGCCUUGAUUCUACAGGUUAUUAUGACCAGGAAAUUUAUGGUGGAAGUGAUAGCAGAUUUGCUGGAUAUGUCACAUCAAUUGCUGCAACUGAACUUGAAGAUGAUGACGAUGACUACUCAUCAUCUACAAGUUUGCUUGGUCAGAAGAAGCCGGGAUAUCAUGCCCCUGUGGCAUUGCUUAAUGAUAUACCGCAGUCAACAGAACAGUAUGAUCCAUUUGCUGAGCACCGACCUCCGAAGAUUGCAGACCGGGAAGAUGAAUACAAAAAGCACAGGCGGACCAUGAUAAUUUCCCCAGAACGUCUUGAUCCUUUUGCAGAUGGAGGGAAGACCCCUGAUCCUAAAAUGAAUGCUAGGACUUACAUGGAUGUAAUGCGAGAACAGCAUUUGACUAAAGAAGAGAGAGAAAUUAGACAACAACUAGCAGAAAAAGCUAAAGCUGGAGAACUAAAAGUCGUCAAUGGAGCAGCAGCGUCCCAGCCUCCCUCAAAACGAAAACGGCGUUGGGAUCAAACAGCCGAUCAAACUCCUGGUGCCACUCCCAAGAAGCUAUCAAGUUGGGAUCAGGCUGAGACCCCUGGACAUACCCCUUCCUUAAGAUGGGAUGAGACACCAGGUCGUGCAAAGGGAAGUGAGACUCCUGGAGCAACCCCAGGUUCCAAAAUAUGGGAUCCUACACCUAGCCACACACCAGCGGGAGCUGCUACUCCUGGACGGGGUGAUACACCAGGCCACGCCACACCAGGCCAUGGAGGCGCAACUUCUAGUGCUCGUAAAAACAGAUGGGAUGAGACCCCCAAAACAGAAAGAGAUACUCCUGGGCAUGGAAGUGGAUGGGCUGAGACUCCUCGAACAGAUCGAGGUGGAGAUUCAAUUGGUGAAACACCUACUCCUGGAGCCAGUAAAAGAAAGUCACGUUGGGAUGAAACGCCAGCUAGUCAGAUGGGUGGAAGCACUCCUGUUCUGACCCCUGGAAAAACACCAAUUGGCACACCAGCUAUGAACAUGGCUACACCUACUCCAGGUCACAUAAUGAGCAUGACUCCUGAACAGCUUCAGGCUUGGCGAUGGGAGAGAGAGAUUGAUGAGAGAAAUCGCCCACUUUCUGAUGAAGAAUUAGAUGCUAUGUUUCCAGAAGGAUAUAAGGUACUUCCUCCUCCAGCUGGCUAUGUUCCUAUUCGAACUCCAGCUCGAAAGCUGACAGCAACUCCAACACCUUUGGGUGGUAUGACUGGUUUCCACAUGCAAACUGAAGAUAGAACUAUGAAAAGUGUUAAUGACCAACCAUCUGGAAAUCUUCCAUUUUUAAAACCUGAUGAUAUUCAGUACUUUGAUAAACUUUUGGUUGAUGUUGAUGAAUCAACACUUAGUCCAGAAGAGCAAAAAGAGAGAAAAAUAAUGAAGUUGCUUUUAAAAAUUAAGAAUGGAACUCCUCCAAUGAGAAAGGCUGCAUUGCGUCAGAUUACUGAUAAAGCUCGUGAAUUUGGAGCUGGUCCUUUGUUUAAUCAGAUUCUUCCUCUACUAAUGUCUCCAACACUUGAGGAUCAAGAGCGUCAUUUACUUGUCAAAGUUAUUGACAGAAUAUUAUACAAACUUGAUGACUUAGUUCGACCAUAUGUGCACAAGAUCCUUGUAGUUAUUGAACCAUUGUUGAUUGAUGAAGAUUACUAUGCAAGAGUGGAAGGCCGAGAGAUUAUUUCUAAUUUGGCAAAGGCUGCUGGUCUGGCUACUAUGAUCUCUACCAUGAGGCCUGAUAUAGAUAACAUGGAUGAAUAUGUCCGUAACACAACAGCUAGAGCUUUUGCUGUUGUAGCCUCUGCCCUGGGCAUUCCUUCUUUAUUGCCCUUCUUAAAGGCUGUGUGCAAAAGCAAGAAGUCCUGGCAAGCGAGACAUACUGGUAUUAAGAUUGUACAGCAGAUAGCUAUUCUCAUGGGCUGUGCCAUCUUGCCACAUCUGAGAAGUUUAGUUGAAAUCAUUGAACAUGGUCUUGUGGAUGAGCAGCAGAAAGUUCGGACCAUUAGUGCUUUGGCCAUUGCUGCCUUGGCCGAAGCAGCAACUCCUUAUGGUAUCGAAUCUUUUGAUUCUGUAUUAAAGCCUCUAUGGAAGGGUAUUCGCCAACACAGAGGAAAGGGUUUGGCUGCCUUCUUAAAGGCUAUUGGGUAUCUUAUUCCUCUCAUGGAUGCAGAAUAUGCCAACUACUAUACUAGAGAAGUGAUGUUAAUCCUUAUUCGAGAAUUUCAGUCUCCUGAUGAAGAAAUGAAGAAAAUUGUGCUGAAGGUAGUAAAGCAGUGUUGUGGAACAGAUGGUGUAGAAGCAAACUACAUUAAAACAGAGAUUCUUCCUCCCUUUUUUAAACACUUCUGGCAGCACAGAAUGGCUUUGGAUAGAAGAAAUUACCGCCAGUUAGUUGAUACUACUGUGGAGUUGGCAAACAAAGUAGGUGCUGCAGAAAUUAUAUCCAGGAUUGUGGAUGAUCUGAAAGAUGAAGCUGAACAGUACAGAAAAAUGGUGAUGGAAACAAUUGAGAAAAUUAUGGGCAACUUGGGAGCAGCAGAUAUCGAUCAUAAACUUGAAGAACAGCUGAUUGAUGGUAUUCUUUAUGCUUUCCAAGAACAGACUACAGAGGACUCAGUAAUGUUGAAUGGGUUUGGCACCGUGGUCAAUGCUCUUGGCAAACGAGUCAAACCUUACUUGCCUCAGAUCUGUGGUACAGUUUUGUGGCGUUUAAAUAACAAAUCAGCUAAAGUUAGGCAACAGGCAGCUGACUUGAUCUCUCGAACUGCUGUUGUCAUGAAGACUUGUCAAGAGGAAAAAUUGAUGGGGCACUUGGGUGUUGUUUUAUAUGAGUAUUUGGGUGAAGAGUACCCUGAAGUACUGGGCAGCAUUCUUGGAGCACUGAAGGCCAUUGUAAAUGUAAUAGGUAUGCAUAAGAUGACUCCACCAAUUAAAGAUCUGCUGCCUAGACUCACCCCUAUCUUAAAGAACAGGCAUGAGAAAGUACAAGAGAAUUGUAUCGAUCUUGUUGGACGUAUUGCUGACAGGGGAGCUGAAUAUGUAUCAGCAAGGGAGUGGAUGAGGAUUUGCUUUGAGCUUUUGGAGCUCUUAAAAGCUCACAAAAAAGCUAUUCGUAGAGCUACAGUCAACACAUUUGGUUAUAUUGCAAAGGCCAUUGGUCCUCAUGAUGUACUGGCUACACUUUUAAACAACCUCAAAGUUCAGGAAAGGCAGAACAGAGUUUGUACUACUGUAGCAAUAGCUAUUGUUGCCGAAACAUGUUCACCCUUCACAGUACUACCUGCCUUAAUGAAUGAAUACAGAGUUCCUGAACUGAAUGUUCAAAAUGGAGUGUUAAAAUCACUUUCCUUCUUGUUUGAAUAUAUUGGUGAAAUGGGAAAGGACUACAUUUAUGCUGUAACACCAUUACUUGAAGAUGCGUUAAUGGAUAGGGACCUUGUACACAGACAGACGGCUAGUGCAGUGGUGCAACACAUGUCACUUGGGGUUUAUGGAUUUGGUUGUGAAGAUUCAUUGAAUCACUUGUUGAACUACGUAUGGCCCAAUGUGUUUGAGACAUCUCCUCAUGUAAUUCAGGCAGUUAUGGGAGCCCUGGAGGGCUUGAGAGUUGCUAUUGGACCAUGUAGAAUGUUGCAGUAUUGUUUACAGGGUUUGUUUCACCCAGCCCGGAAAGUCAGAGAUGUGUAUUGGAAAAUUUACAACUCCAUCUACAUUGGUUCACAGGAUGCUCUCAUAGCACAUUACCCAAGAAUCUACAAUGAUGAUAAGAACACCUAUAUUCGUUAUGAACUUGACUAUAUCUUAUAAUUUUAUUGUUUAUUUUGUGUUUAAUGCACAGCUAUUUCACACCUUAAACUUGCUUUGAUUUGGUGAUGUAAACUUUUAAACAUUGCAGAUCAGCAUAGAACUGGUCAUAGAGGAAGAGCUAGAAAUCCAGUAGCAUGAUUUUUAAAUAACCUGUCUUUGUUUUUGAUGUUAAACAGUAAACGCCAGUAGCGACCAAGAACACAGUGACUACACACACUAUACUGGAGGGAUUUCAUUUUUAAUUCAUCUUUAUGAAGAUUUAGAAUUCAUUCCUUGUGUUUAAAGGGAAUGUUCAAUUGAGAAAUAAACAUUUGUGUACAAAAUGCUAACUUGUGUGUGUUUUUUGAACAUGACUUGUAAAAUGCGGAACUUGAUAAAGUACUGGUAUGUGUAGAAUAAGUGGCUUAAUUUCAUUUUCUGUCACCUGGUUUAUGGAAAGUAGCAGAAUAUAAACUAUAUAAAGUGAUGGCGUCUUUGUCAAAAUUUCAUUGUUGUGUUGAUAAUGACAAUGAGAAAAGUCGCUUUGGGGGUAUUCAUCUCAAACUAGCACAACCGUUCCAUCACCAUAGAAAAUAUAGCACCUAUGCUGAACUGUCUUGAAUAUUAUUUUGCACUUUCAUAGCGCCUUUCACUUGAUUUCUCAGAAUGCUUUAUGAACAUGAAGUGAUUCAGGUCAUGUCCAACUGUUGACUAGUCUGUUUAGAAAGUGGAGAAGGUAUCUAUUUCAAAACUGCUUUCCGUCUAGUUGGAGUGAGGCUACUUAAGUAAUGCUACUAGAAUAAGACAAUCUGGGCUCUGUUCCAUGUCAUAAGCCACUAUUCAACAUUAUAUUUAGUAAAUACCUGUUGAGCACCUACUGUAUACCAACCACUGUGCUUAGUGUAGGGGAUGCAAAGAUGCCUUUGACCUGCCCCUUGACCUUAAGAAACAAAGUAUAAUGGAAAUGGAACUACAUCUAGGUAUAUAUUACUUAUGUACUGUGAUAUACAAUUGCAGCAGCUAAAAUGUCUAAGUUUGUUUAAUUUUUGCAUUUUGGAAUUAGAUAAAUUGAUGUAUAGGUAGCAAGCGUAAACAAAUGCUGUUAAAUUCUAGAUAAAUGGAGCAUUAGGCAGUACUUAGUAUUUUUUGGCAAAUAUUUUAAGUAUAUUUUGAGCAUUUCCUAAUUUUCAGGCCAAGACUGACUUAGUCCUUCGGCUACCCAUAGCUUUUUUGUUUUGUCUCCCUGUUAGUACUUCUGUGAACUCUAAUGGAAAAUGAGAUUGCAGCAGCAUGUGCAUAGGAUGACUGCCACUGUAAGUAAAACCAUUUUACAGGGACUAGAAAGUUUGUUCCUCGAACUGCUAAAGGGCUCCCUGUUUUGGAGGCUUACAUGAGAAACAGUUAACUGGCUGACUUUUACAGAGCCAAUAUUGAGCAUUAGUUGACUCUCCAGGAAAAAUUUGUAACUCUUUAUUCUUUGAUCUAACUUUGUGACAACAGGUCAAUGUGUACUAAAACAAUUUCCAAAAAUAUUUUCCCAUUCUUAGAAGUUUUUGUAACAGUCCACAUACAACUCGAAAUCUUUCUGUUCACUAAUUACUGUAAAGUGACCUUAAGUAAUUAUGAAUCAUGAAAAAGAACAAUUACAUUUCAAAGCCAGAAUUUGAUUUUAAAUCAGUCUUGAGAAAAUUUAUAUUUUUACUUCCCGUACUAGCAUAAUGUCAAUUUGCUUGGGCCCUUGAUGUUUAUAGGAAAUAACAAUGUUUUGCAGUGACAAUGUGGAGCAAAAGAGACUAGUCACCUUAAGUGACUUUACUGAUGCACGUAAUUUGAGGACAGGUGAGGUAAAUACCGAAGGCUACAACCUUUAAAGUUGGGACCAAAUAGAAGCUCACAGAUGUUCGUAUUUUAUAUGGCUUAUUAUUGAAUAAGGAAAGCAUUUUGUGAUACACUUAAGUGAAAGACGCUAUGUGAAGUUUUAACUAUCUUUCAAAGACUUUCUUUUGCACUUUUCUUUUGGUGUUUCUUAAAGCCAAACUUAAGAAGGAAGAAAUUAAUGUUCUUAAGGGUUGGUGGGUGGGUUUUUCUGUGGGCUUUUGUUGGCUUUUCUGUGGGCCCUCUAAUGGAAUUGAUCUCUUUGGCUGUUCAAUUUUUUUCAUUUUGUAUUUUUAAAAUUUGUUGUAUGGUGCCCUGUGAGCAUCAAGUACCACCAAAUGAAUAAAACUUAUUAUAUCUAAA